AUGGAUUUACUAAAAGACGCCACCAAGAACUUGAACUUAUAUGAAGUCAAGGCAUAUGUUCGUAAAGCCCAAAACGUUGCUAUGAACUUAACCGAGAUGGAAGCCAAGGUUCGUGAGGCUACUAAUAAUGAACCUUGGGGAUGUCCAACAACGGUUAUGGCACAAAUUGCUUCGGGUACUUAUAAUUAUAGGGAAAGAGAAGAAAUCAUUGGAUUCAUUUUCCGUCGUUUCACCGAAAAGGCUGCUAAUGAAUGGAGACAAAUAUAUAAAUCUUUACAAUUAUUAGAUUAUUUGAUUAAAAAUGGAUCAGAAAGAAUUAUUGACGAUGUCAGAGCUAAUAUUUCUUUAAUACAAAUGUUGAAAUCUUUCCAUUACAUUGAUUCAAAGGGUAGAGAUCAAGGUAUCAACGUUAGAAAUAGAUCCAAAACUUUAAUUGCGUUAUUAAAUGACGAUUCUCUCAUUAGAUCGGAACGUAAAAAGGCUAGAGCUAAUCAAAAAAAAUUCGGUGGGGUCUCUUCUGCUGCUUUCGGUGGUGCCUCUUCUAUUACCACUGGUCCUAAUUAUGAUGAUGGCGACUUUACUAACCGUGUUUAUGGUGACGGUGGUGUUUAUGGUGAAAGAUACGAUGAUCCUGCUGCUGCUUAUGAAAAUGGUAAUUCGAAUGAUAAUUUCGAAGAGUAUGACGUUGGUGGCUCUACUUCUUCUAGUAACUCCGCUGCUAAGCCAACAACUAGUACUUCGAGAGUCCAUGGUACUUCUUCUAAACUGAAGGCUAAGGCUAAACCAACCACUGCUCCUGCUCAAACAGAACAACCUGAUUUAUUAGGUGACUUGGUUUCAUUUGAUGCUCCUUCAUCGACUAAUAAUAAUAGCUCGACCAAAGCUGCUGCACCAGCUGAAGAUGACGAUGAUGACUUCGAUGAUUUCCAAGCAGCUCCUUCUCAACCUCAAAAACCAAACCUUUCUUCAAACUUAUCAAACUUAUACCAAACUCAACCUCAACCUCAAAUUCAACAACAAAAUUCCUUCGUUUCUCCUGCUCCUCAACAAAACUUAUUCAGCACUUCAUCUUCUACUCCAAAUUAUAACAUCAAUAGCACUCCUUCUAGUGGCCCAGCUAAAUCAAACAAUAAUGAUGCCUUUUCAUCCUUGUUCUCUUCGGCUAAAACUAAAACUACUUCCAAAUCUAGUGGUGCCUCUACUCCUGCUGCCAAACCAGCUCCUGUCUCCAAAACUGCCGACGACGACUUUUUCGGUGAUUUCAGCUCAAACAACACUACCAAACCUGCCACUAACAAUAAUGCAAACGGUAAUGGAACUGCUCAAACAAAUAGUGGCGAUAUCGACUUAUUAAGCUUCUAA